AUGUCUUUGACCCAUUUUGUUAGUGCGGACGGCUCGCACGUCUUAUUCUCACCUCGGGCUAACCAGUACUUGUUGGUCAAUUCAGAGGGCACCUCGGUGUCCACAUCUUCCCCAGAUGUUGCUGCCAAGGGUUCUGGAUCGACUGUUUCCGCUGUUUUGGGUACUAUCCGCUUCAAGAUCAACAAGUACUUGGUGUUGGUUACCAAGCACGAAAUUACUGGUCUGAUUAUGGGCAAGAAAAUCGCCAAAGUGGUAUCUCAUAAGGUGUACCCCUUGGGUAACGAAAGUCUUUCAAAGAAGGACGCUGAAGAGUCAAACUACUUGUCCUUGUUGGAGCAGCACUUAAAUUCUGCCUCGUUGUUUUUCUCAAUUGACAAUGCGUACGACUUGACGAACUCGUUGCAAAGACAGCUUGCCAACGGGGUCAAGACCUACGAUACCCGUUUCUUCUGGAAUCACUACUUGUCUGAAGAAUUGGUUGCUGCUGGUGCCAAUGCAUUUGUGACUCCCACCAUAUAUGGCUACUUUGAGGAGCACAGCACCGAGUUCAAGGGCCAUCAGAAGUUGGACUUUGCUUUGUUGACGCGUAGAGCUUGGGCCCGUGCUGGCACGAGAUACUUCCGUCGAGGCAUUGACGAGCACGGUAACGUGGCCAACUUUAAUGAGACGGAACAAAUUGUCACCACCUCUAACAACAAGAUUUUCUCGUUCUUGCAAACAAGAGGGUCUGUACCAGUGUACUGGUCUGAGAUCAACGACUUGAAGUACAAGCCCAACUUGGCUAUCUCAUCUAGACCUUCUCAGGAUGCGACUGCAAAGCACUUUGAGGAGCAGGUCAAGCUCUAUGGUGAGAACUACUUGGUUAACUUGGUUAAUCAGAGUGGGUAUGAAAAGCCUGUCAAGGAUGCAUACGAGGAAGCUGUCAGAACUUUGCUGCCUAGUCUUGCAGAAAAGGUGAAGUAUAUAUACUUCGACUUCCAUCAUGAGUGCAGUAAGAUGCGUUGGGACAGAGUCAAGCUUUUGCUUGACCACUUGACCCAAAUUGGCUUCACCAACGAUAAUUUCUUCGCCUAUGACAUCAACUCGAACACUGUUACGCACGUUCAGGACAAGGUUGUGAGAACCAAUUGCAUGGAUUGUUUGGACAGAACUAACGUUGUUCAAUCGAUGUUGGGACGUUGGGUGUUGCAGAAGCAGCUUGAGGUCACCAAUUACUUGACCACCCCUGGUCAGGCUUGGGAGAUCAUCGACCCAUCCUUUAACUUAUUCUUCCAGAGUUUCUGGGCUGAUAAUGCUGAUGCAGUCUCGUGUGCUUACUCAGGUACUGGAGCUCUUAAGACUGACUACACAAGAACUGGAAAAAGAACCAAGAUGGGUGCUUUGCAGGAUUUGAACAACUCUAUCACCAGAUACUAUCUCAAUAACCUUAGAGAUGGACAUAGACAGGAUGCCUAUGAUUUGUUUUUGGGCAAUUACAGACCGUUCCGUGACUCACGUCAAAGUCCAUUCGUGGACAAGAGAUCGCCAUACAUCCAAUUACUUCCAUACAUUAUCGGUGCGUCAUUCUUUGUUCUUCUUUCGCUUUUGAUUUACCCAAGCGGAUCCCUUCUCAGUUGGAAGAACAUCCUCAUUGUUAGCGGAUGCUUAUACUUGUUCUUGAAGAACACUACCUACCUCAUCAAGAACGGUUAUCAGUUUGUUGACUGGCCUAGAUUGGUUCCAUUGGACUUCUUGAAAAGAACUGAAGAGUUUACCCCAGAUGGCAAGUUUGUUGGAAUCAAGUAUGAGGAGCAUGAGAACUAUAAGACGUCAAAGAAGCAAAUCUAG